UGGGGAGGCAUCACGUCGAUUACUUUAUGUAUGUAGCUACAACACUUGAUGUCUCCAUGGAAACCAUUGAUCUAAAUGAAGACGUUGGCGUAGCUGAGGGGGGAUUCUGUUUUGAGCGGUCGAAGUUAACAUGGCUCGUUUUCAUUCCGUGCUCGCUGUUACAGGUAUUGUGUUGUGCAUAGCCCUGUGCGAAGGUGCGGUAACCGACUGUGUCAACGCCAACAGCUGUAAUGGACACGGCACGUGCCCCAGCCCCUGUUCAGCUCCGUGCACGUGUACUGGUGGCUACGGCGGCCACGACUGCACUAUCCCACCCAUCUGCUCUGCAGCCGGAGGUGAGUGUGGUGCCAACGGUGUCUGUACAACGUCAUCAAGCCCCUAUGUCUGCACCUGCACCAACGGAUACUCGGGCCCAAAGUGUACCGUAGCCCCCGUGUGCACUGCUGCCGGAAACCAAUGUGGUACUAAUGGCGACUGCAGAACGUCGCCCAGUCCAUACUCCUGUUCCUGCCGCAACGGCUACACAGGGGCACUGUGUACCAUAGCCCCCCUGUGCACUGCUGGCGGAAACCAAUGUGGCACUAAUGGCGUCUGUAGGACCACCUCCACUCCCUAUGUCUGCGUCUGCUCGAACGGAUACUCAGGGCUGACCUGCUCCAUAGCCCCGGUCUGCACUGCUACCGGAAACCAGUGCGGCGCUAAAGGAGUCUGCAGGACCUCCAUUACUCUACCACACAUCUGUUCCUGUUCCAAUGGAUAUACAGGAACACUGUGUAACAUAGCCCCCGUCUGCUCAAGUGGCGGAAGUCAGUGUGGCGGCCAUGGCAGCUGUACCGUGUCCUCCUCUCCCUACGUCUGUACCUGCAGGGACGGAUACACAGGGUCACUAUGUACCACAGCCCCCAUCUGCUCAAGUGGCGGAAGUCAGUGUGGCGGCCAUGGCAGCUGUACCGUGUCCUCCUCUCCCUACGUCUGUACCUGCAGGGACGGAUACACAGGGUCACUAUGUACCACAGCCCCCAUCUGCUCAAGUGGCGGAAGUCAGUGUGGCGGCCAUGGCAGCUGUACCGUGUCCUCCUCUCCCUACGUCUGUACCUGCAGGGACGGAUACACAGGGUCACUAUGUACCACAGCCCCCAUCUGCUCAAGUGGCGGAAGUCAGUGCGGCGCUCAUGGCAGCUGCACCGUGUCCUCCUCUCCCUACGUCUGUACCUGCAGGGACGGAUACACAGGGUCACUAUGUACCACAGCCCCCAUCUGCACUGCUGCCGGCAACCAGUGUGGCACUAAUGGCGUCUGCAGGACCACCUCCACUCCCUACGUCUGUGUUUGCUCGAACGGAUACAAGGGCAACCUGUGUACCAUAGCACCAUUCUGCACAGCAUCAGGAAGCCAGUGCGGGAUCAAGGGAGGAUGCAACACCUGCUUGAGCACCUACGCCUGUCAGUGUUAUUCUGGGUACGGAGGGGGCACCUGUUCAGCAGCGCCUCCGUGCAGCCCCCGAGGAAGUGAAUGUAAGAAUGGAGGAUGGUGCGACACUUCAACAUUCCCCUACAAGUGCACCUGUCUUGCAGGUUUCACUGGAACCACGUGUCUCACGUGGUCAUGGUCAAGUGGCAGUCACGUGACAAUCUUCCUGGGCCCCCUCGUCGUCUCUGCAUUGUCGAGUCUGUUCUUGGCGCAGUUCUAAUGGCCGCACACCUUAAACAAUGGAAUGGUCAACUGACUAUCUAAGUUUCUGAAAAUAUCCACUGUAAGGUAUAUUUUGGGCCGAUUCUUUUCGUCCUUUAUGCCAAGCUGGUGGGUCGACUGAAAAUUCGCGUCGAUCAUGAACUUCUUGCUGGAAGUACAGCUUUCAUCAAGCAUGAAAUACCUCAGGGUCCGUCUGGCGUUACUCUCCGUAUGGAACAGCAGGUUAUAACCAUCGUCAAGAAAUGCUACUUCUAUCUGAGAAAUGUGUGAAGCCCAUUUCUGGUGUGGCCCGCCGUGAUAUUGCUGAAAUAUUGCUAAAAGCGGCGUAAAACCAAACUCACUCACUCACUCUAUCUGAGAAACAAAGGCAGCUAUCUGAAUCUUCUCAGUGAUACAUCUGCAGCAGCGCUAAGAUCGCUCGUUCUGGCAAGGAAAGAGAUAGAGUGUGUGUGGUUUCACGCCAAAUUUAGCAAUAAUCCAGCAAUAUCACGGCGGGGCACACCAGAAAUGGGCUCAAACUGCAGCACCCAUGUCGGAAUCGAACCUGGGUCUUCCGCUUGACGAGCGAACGCUUUAACCACUUGGCUACCCUAUUGUCCCUUCUGGCGAGGAGCAUCAGCAGAGCAAGUACGCCAUCUUUUGAAGAUCCAGAACAAUACUGCUCGCAUUGUGACCAGAACACUCUACUGGUAAAGGACCUUAACUGGCUUCCUUUGCAAACAAGGAGUCGACUUCAAAGUGCUGAUCUCACUUAUCAAUGUGUGAAUGGCAUAGUGUCUAGAUGUCUAAACUAGCGAAUGAGUACUACCCAGCUAGAUCUCUUAAGACCCGUGAAGAUCCGGGGUAGAAUAGGUCUUCAGCAAUCCAUGCUUGCCGUAACAGGCGACUAUGCUUGUCGUAAAAGGCGACUAACGGAUCAUCAUGCUCGUUUACUUGGUUGAUG